CUUCAAGGCAUCAAUUUUCUCUUCCUUCUUGUUGCGCUCACUCACUUGCGCAUUCACUGUCAAUUCUCCUAAAGCCCCCCCUCAGUUGCCUGGUGCAAGCUUUCAUCAUGGAGUCUGAAAAGGAAGUCAUUCCUGUGGUCACGGCCGUAGACUCGGAAGUCGUCGACAAUCCAAACCUACCGACCGUGAAGAAGGGAACAAAGGAUGACCAACGAGACAUGUUCCGUAUGGGUAAAGUCCAGGAGAUGAGACGUAACUUCCAACUCAUCACCAUAUUCGGUUUCUCCAUGAUUCUCAUGGCGACUUGGGAAGUCGCGCUCGGUGUCUCAACCUUGGGUCUUAUGAAUGGUGGGACAGCAGGUAUGGUAUGGAUGUUCUUCAUCGUCUGGUGGGGUUUCAUUGCCAUCAACACCUCGAUGGCUGAGAUGGCCUCAAUGGCACCAACCUCUGGUGGGCAAUACCACUGGGUGUCGGAGUUCGCCCCUCGACAGCACCAGAAGUUCCUAAGUUAUAUGAUUGGCUGGCUUUGCGUCCUCGCCUGGCAAGCAUCAUCGGCUGCCACGGCAUUUAUUGCAGGAUCCCAAAUCCAGGGUCUUGUGAUCCUGAACUACCCUAACUACACUCCCGAGAACUGGCACGGAACGCUGAUGGUUUUUGCCGUCUCUGCCUUCGCCGUCCUCUUCAACACAGUCCUCGCCAAGAAACUCCCGCUUAUCGAGGGCACCAUCCUCGUCAUCCACAUCCUCGGAUUCUUCGCCAUCCUUAUCCCUCUUUGGGUCCUGGGUCCGCGUGGUGACCCUAAGGUUGUCUUCUCCGACUUCCAGGCCUUCACUGGGUGGUCUCCCGCCGCUGGUACGCUCGUUGGGGUCCUUCCAGCCAUCCUCCCAUUGCUUGGCGCCGAUGCCUGCGUGCACAUGUCUGAGGAGCUUCGCGAUGCGUCCGCCUCUCUGCCAAAGUCCAUGAUCUGGACAACCGUCUCCAACGGUGCCCUUGGUUUCAUUAUGCUCGCCACGUUCGCCAUGACGCUCGGUGACAUUGAAACAGUUAUCAACUCGCCAACAAAAAACGCCUUCAUUGAGGUCUUCUUCAACGUCACCAAGAGCUACAAGGCCACCAACGCCAUGUCUUCUCUCAUAAUCUUCAUGCAGAUCUUCUGCAAUCUCUCCAUCGUCGCGACCGCCUCUCGUCAGCUCUUCGCUUUCGCUCGUGACGGAGGUGUGCCGUUUGCCUCGUACUUCGCUUAUAUUCCCCAGGGCUGGGACAUCCCUGUUAACUCGGUCAUCCUCUCCUUCGUCAGCACCUGCCUCCUCUCGCUCAUCAACCUGGGCAGUCCAGUCGCCUUCAACUCCAUUUCCUCCAUCUCCACCGGUGCUCUGCUCUCCUCCUACGCCGUAUCCAUCGGCCUGAUCGCCUUCAAGCGCAUCCGGGGCGAGCCUCUCCUCCCCAGCAAGUUCACCCUCGGCAAGUUCGGGCUGCCGCUCAACAUUAUCAGCAUCCUAUUCUUGCUAUUCUUGUUCCUCAUGAGCUUUUUCCCGAGCUUCCCGAGCCCGGAUGCUGAGACUUUCAAUUGGGGCGUUUUGGUCUAUGUCGUCAUCGUCCUAUUUUCGCUCGUAUAUUAUUACUGGAGGGGACGUCAUGUGUAUGUUGGUCCCGUAGAGUACGUUAGGAAGAUAGAGUAGGAGGGGUUUUAUAAAACGCCUGGGAGGAAAAGUCUGCAUCUCCUUAGCGAGUUUAUAGAUUCGCAUCUGACCGCAUUUCGGCAUCCACUCAUUUGGGAAAUAGACGCUUCUGGUGGCGUCCUCCAGCAAUUGACUCCGAGAUCCUAUGCCUAUUUGAGAUGUACAUUUAGAAAUCGCCAAUGUAUAGCAGCUCCUGGCUCUGUCAGUUGUGGCUUCAUAUCCUUUGUACCGGCGGCGAGAUAUCAAUUGUAGAACGACACAUUCAACGUUGACUAGGUAGAGGAUGUUUUUAGCCCACAUCUCGAUAGAACCACUCUAACGUAGUAUGUCCGUUGUAGCAACUUUGCCACUCU